CUAGAGGCGGUUACCUGCCUACCUAAUUCUUGGGGGUAAAUGUGCUUUCCUUAGUUCAAUCCUCGGUUGCCUACCGUUGCAGCACCUGGAGUACCUCGAUCAAUCCCGGUCUGGCCGAUGUUCUAGACCCAUAACCUUGGACCAGCCAGUUUGGCCCUUUUUUCUUCUUUCCUUGCUUUUUUACCCCCCUUUUUCCUAUUUCCCGACCAUAAACCCCGAAUUUCUUGGUUUUCCCCAUGCCCAGGAAAUGGCAACAACUGUGGGAUCAUCCGUUAUUCCCAUCGCCAAUUGCCGCCAAAAACAAUCCUCGUUAUUCCCGAGACACCACAACCGCCUACGAGGUUACCUUUCGAUUGCGAGUCGCACUAAUAUUAAAAGUAAUUUUUAUUUUUCGUUUGUCACUCAUUUCUUCUUUCGUCGCAUCCCAAGCUGCUGGCCCUCCAGAGCCGCGCGGCUAACAGCGCAGGGGUGCGUGCUGUUUGGGCCCAGGUUGCGCCGAUUCGUUGAUUGUCUUGAUUGAUUGAUUGAUUGAUUUAUACAUCCAUUGCUGGGCUGGGCGUUGUACCUACCUGCCUACCUCCCUAGUCAGUCGAUACUGGACCGGGGAAGCUCGUGCUGAGCAAACCAAAAGCUUGUGUUUCUACCUGGACUCCUUGCUCUCGGCUGCUGUUACUUCCAACGUGACAAUGUCGGUCCGGCCACAACAGCAGCUCCAGCACCAGCAUCAGCAUCAACAUCAGACCAACCAUCCACUCCAGCAUCAGCCUGCUCCUGGGCCAGCAGCCCUGUUUGUAGGCACGCCAAGCUCCGGCUCGGGGACCGUGUACGCGUCUCCAUCGCCAAGCCUGCCGCAGCGCAUUGGCCUCCCGGACGUUUCGGGCUCUAGCAUUGCCGCCUAUGGCUUGCCUGUCGUCGGUUCUGGCAUCCCGGUUUCGGUCGACGAUGCCAAGCCGGACCCGGUGAGCAGUGACAGCUCUGUGGCGCUUGGGGAGCCGCUCAGGAAGAAACAGAAACGGAACAAGCCAACCUUGUCGUGCUCACAAUGCGUCGAGAGGAAAACAAAGUGCGACAGAGGCAGACCUUGUUUGGCAUGCAUCAAACGACAGACUGAUUGCCAGUAUGCCUAUGUUGCCAACUUGAUAGAAGAGACGCGAAGUAGCAGCAAUGGACUUCGCAUGUUGAAGGCCCCUCGGAAGAAGAAGCCAGAGCCCCUGGUAUCACCCGUGGCUGCAAAAUCGGACUUGCGUCUUGCAGCAACCGGUCAAAGCCCACUGCACGGAUCAGUUGCGCUGUCGACUGGUCUACUUUCCCAUAUUCCGCACUCUCACCCGACUGCUUCCAACAUUUUUGGAGUCGGAACUAGGCAUCCGUUCGAGAACACGUGGAGCUAUCACGGUGGCCUUCCAGAAGUCAUCUUCUGUAUACCGGAUAAGAUUCAGUGUGACAUAUUGUUGACGACCUACUUUGACCGCGUGGAUCCCGUGUAUCCUAUGAUCCACCGGCAAACCUUUUAUGCCGAUUAUGAACAUUUCUUCUCGCUCAGCAAGGAAGAGAGAGACAAGACUGACGCGGACUUUGUUGCCCUUAUGUGCGUCAUGCUGGCGUUGGCUAACCAGUUCCUGCCUGAUCUGUUCUCGCCGGCUGAGAGGAAGAACUCGGCAGAAUACCUCGCGUCGGCUAGUAAUCAGGCGCUCAGGGUCGGCAGCUACCUCAGCAGGGCGUCAAUAAGAUCCGUUCAAGCCAUGGUUCUGAUAACUUAUUUUCUCAUCAACGACAACCAUGCGUCUGACGGAUGGGCCUUUGCUGGUGUGCUGAUGCGCCAAGCAUAUGCGAUGGGGCUUCACCGCGACCCCAACUUGGUGGCACCAGAGUCCACCGUUUUUGAAAAGCAGCAGAGGAGGAAGGUUUGGCAGGCCGUGCUGCUGCAGGACACAUUUCUCACCGUCCUUCUGUCACUGCCACCGACAGCCACCCAUACGGAUGUCAACGUGGAAGACUUUUUAGAGGAUGAUUCUUCGAUUGCGUCGUCGAAUCCACUCGACAACGCAUACAUCAGAAGUUCUUGGUCGCUGGCCAAUUUGGUGCAAGAGGCCAUUUGCAGUCCGCGUUCGCUCGACAUUCCGAUCUGCGCCACGGCGCGACACAAGAGCAAGCUCGUCGCGGACUUCAAGGCUGUGUACCGAUCUUUUCCAGACACCUUCCGCAGCCUUGAUGCGGACGUCCUAUCUCAAAUGGCACAAGGGGCCGUCAAUGGGCCCCAGCGUGUAGUGCGACAAGCUCUGUUUCUCAACAGCAACUACUUCCACAACCUGAUGCUGGUGCACGCCUCAGAGAGCCCCGACGUGCCCAUCAAUGCCAAGGGCGCACUGGAUGCUGCACACCAGGCAAUAUCGGCAUUUUUCAUCCUCUUUCAGGUCUUUGAGCUCGACGCCAGAGUGUGGUGGGUGUUUAACCACCGAGCUUUCCUCGAGGCGCUGUGCAUUGGAGGGAUUCUACGGGACGCGGAACGAAACAUUGAGACUGGCGAGCAAGAAGAUGGGAGGACGAACAAUGGGAGCAUCAAGGAUCCGAUUUACACAAGGGCCAAAGAUGAUAUUAAUCGAAUGAUUGAAAUUAUGAAGAUUAUGGGCGAUGGUGAGAAUGGCUCAGAGGUUGCCAGGACAAGGAUUCAGGUCCUGAGCGAAUAUCUAUAGCAUGGGACUUGGGUUGAUCAGCGUUUGGCGUGGCGUUUUGGGAUUUUGAAUAGAUACCACAGAGGGGUUCAGCUUAGUUAUGGAAGGAGAUUUUUAUCUCCAGGUUAGAACGCACAUAAAAUUACAUCUGAAAGAUGUACUGGUUGAUGAUGACGACAUUAUACCGCAAAGCCUCUAACAAAGUGCCAUGUGCUACUACCCACCUACCCUGUAUGCGUUGUGUAGUUAGGUACAUUAGGUAUAUGUAUUCCCUCGCAAGGGGUUGAAUCUAGGGCAAAGGUCCAAGCUUUCAUUCAAGAUCGGAUCGGACAAGA